GAGCAAAUGAUGGGGUUCAAAGAUGUAAGGCACGUAAUAGGGUCCGAUGAUGAUGAUGAUGAUGAUGAUGAUGAUGAUGAUGAUAUAUGGCAAAUCAUGGGAUCGUGGGGUAUUGUGAUGUCUAUUGUGUCUUGUCAAAAGCUGGCCCUUGGAAUAGCCUUGAAUUAGGCCACGGGAGACCUGGGUUUGAAUCCCCGCUCAGCUCUGGCUGAUGCUGAGCAUGUUGUGUUCCUUCUCUUGGAAGGAAUAAUUGGAGAAGGCAUCAAGAGAUGAAUCACGCAAGGCAGAGUUCGCAUGGCUGGGCGUUGUGCCAAGCCACAAGUCCGCUGACGUCUCUCCACUUCCCGGUUUGCACGGCAUGAGCCACUCCUCCUGCUCACUAAACAAGAGAAGUUAGGAGCUGAAGGCAUUUCCCAGGCCCUGACUCCCUUGACUCCUGAUCCCAUCAUCCCAUGCCUUCCUCUGGAGGUGACCACUGCUGCCUGCCUCUUCGCCAACCCAGUUGGAUGCGAUCUCUUCUGAGGAAAAAAGUGACCAUCUCAGACGUCCCAGAGGAGCUCCUCCUCCACAUCCUCUCUCUGGUCCCAAGGAAGUACUUGGUCCUCAGCUGCCGCCGGGUUUGCUCUCGCUGGAGGGAUCUGGUGGACCUCCCCAUCCUUUGGAAGCACAAGUGCCGGCGGAUGGGCUUCCGCAUGGAGGGGUCAGAUAGUGGCCUCCCAGACUGGAUGACCUUCUGCUUCCGUCAGAGCCAGAGGAACCUGGUCAAGAACCCCUGCGGAGAAGCAUUCUUUGAUUUCUGGGAAUCAGAGAACCAGCCACAUUGGGAGGUCUCCAAGCACGUUCUGUUGUGGGAUUGCACCCAGUUCUAUGAAAGGUGCCUGAGGAUUCCCCAUCCGCUGCGGGAGAUCCAGAGAUGCUUUGUUUGUAACAGGAGUGGGAUCAAGCGGCAGCGGAUUACUUUGCGGGAGGAAGGCUACUCAGACCGGCUGAUGGAUGAAUCAAGGCCCAAAAUCAUCGUGAAAGAUUGGCACUAUUACAGCUGGAAGUGUCAUAGCCAACUCCGUGUGAAGCUGCUGUCGGCUGGAUUGGAGGUCCUCCAAGAAUGCACCCUUCCAAAUGCACCCUUCCAUCAUGGCUUGUGGGAUGAGAUUUCACACACUUUCGAGGGCUACCCUUCCGGCGUCCGUCACAUCGAUCUGGAGCAUAAAGUGGAAGCAACGGAUUUAGUCAAAAUCACCGGCACCAGAGUCACCAUCGACCCCGAAGGGACCCAAGAAGAAGGAGCUGCCACCGCCGAAAAGUCCGGCUUCCCCAACAUUUUCAAUCUCUGCCUCCCUGCUAUGUCACGAUUGUAAUCCUGGGAGUUGUAGUUUCCCAAAGUCCCGAGAAAUUGUGGAAUGACACAUCCCGGGAGCCUUGGUGGACGGAAAGCGGGGACGGUAGGCUGUUAGGAAUUGUGGGAGUUGGAGUCCAAAACACCCGGAGGACCAAAGUUUGCCCAUGCCUGUUAUAGACACACCGGAAGACUUUAGGAAACUACAACUCCCAAUAUCCCAUAGCCUUCAUCCCAAGCGGCAAUUAAUGACUCCAAUUUGUCCAUUAUGGAUUUUUUAAUGUUUGCAAUGGGUUUUGUGCCAUCACUUUGCUGUCUUUAUAUUAUUAAAUCCUAUUUAUUCA